CUUUCUUUCUACUUGCUGUGUUCGUUCAGCGCAUUGGCGGCGAGGGGGCCCCCCUUGCAUACCAUUCGCCGUUGUCUCGCCGCCGCCAUUGGCUUCGUGUUACCCAAUAGCAACAGCAAUGCUCCCCGUGGCGGUGAGGGCACAUGUGCCUGUUACACCGUCAGCACUACUCAAGACGCGCGACCUUUCCUUUUCCACAUCGUCAAGCCUUCAAACUAUCAUCCCCAUCCUCGCACUCCUCCUCCUAGCAGCAUCCUGCACCCUCCUCGACCUCCGUCGCCGCACACGCGCACAAAGCGCCGACUCAACAGAAUACCUCAUCCUCGAAUCCGAAAUCUCCAUCGAAAUCGGCGACGAAGGCUUCGACAUCGAAUACGAAGACGCCGACGGCCAAGGCCGCAUAUCCUACGAAACCAUCCUCAAGUCCGCCACGCCUCACCAAUGGACCUUCGACAUUGAACACCUGCCCACUCUACACGUCGAGCGCCAGCCGGGUAAUAUUCUCGAGAGAAGAGGGAGGAAGACGUUGAAGUUGCGGGCGUCGGGGGCGGGUGAUGCUGAUAUGGCGUUGUUGGAUGUUAAGCAGGGGCGGUUGACGCUCUCGCCGUUUUCGUCGAGGAGGGAGGGGGUGAGGGUGGUGGGUGAGUUUCCGCCGCCGAGAAGAAGGACGCCGAGAGGCGGCAUGGGUGAGCGCGAUGUGCUGGUAGGAGCUGCCACAGCUCCGUAUCAUUUGGAGCAUAUCUGGCGUCCGCUCGAUACGGCGGAGCUGCGUGAAGACACGUCAUGA